GUGCAGACCCACCUGGAGAACCCGACCCGGUACCACCUGCGGGCGGCCCAGCGGCAGCAGGUCCGGCAGUACCUGAGCUCCGCCCUGGGCCGGGAUCCCAGCCCCCCGGGACUCCCCGCCCGCGCCCCCACCCCACACAGCCCCUCGCUGCUCCACAUCGGCCCCGGCUCCGAGAAGGAGAUCGAUGACGUCAUCGAUGAGAUCAUCAGCCUGGAGUCCAGCUAUGACGAGCUGCUGAGCUUCGGCCCGGCCGAGGGGACCCUCCAGCUCCCCAGCACGCUGCCGGCGGCCCCCGGACCCCUCCUGGAGGUUUCAGCCCAGGGCGGCAGCAGCUCCUGCCCAGCUGAGCUGCCCCGGGUCAAGGCUGAGCUCUCAGAAACGGAGGCGAAGGCGCUGCUGAAGGAGCGGCAGAAGAAGGACAACCACAACCUGAUCGAGCGGCGCCGGCGCUUCAACAUCAACGACCGGAUCAAGGAACUGGGGACCCUCAUCCCCAAAUCCAACGACCCGGAGAUGCGCUGGAACAAGGGCACGAUCCUGAAGGCGUCGGUGGAUUACAUCCGCAAGCUGCAGAAGGAGACCCAGCGCUCCCGGGAGCUGGAGCUGCACCAGCAGCGCCUGGAGCAGGCCAACCGCAGCCUCCAGCUGCGUGUCCAGGAGCUGGAGCUGCAGGCGCAGCUGCACGGGCUCCCCCUGAGCCCUCCCGUGGCUCCGAUGGCUGAGGGGGGCUGCGAGGAGGCCUCCGGGGGCCCCCCCUUCCGCCCGGGACCCCCCACCCCCAGUGCCUCCUGGACCUGGCGGGGGCCGAUGAGCUGCCCUCGGAGCUGAGCCUGCCCCUGGACCUGGGGGGGCCCGAGGGGAGCCUGGACGACAUCCUGAUGGACGACGCGGGGGGGCUGUCACCUCUCGGCCCCCCCGGCGCCCUCCUGGCCUCCCCCGGGCCCUCCCGUGCCUCCAGUCCCCGCAGCAGCCUCAGCAUGGAGGACGAGACCUGAGCACCGCCCUGGGAGAGGACCCUGGGGCGGAGCCCUUGGAGGGACCCUCCCCACCACGCGACCCUUUGAGGGACCCCCCCUACACCCCCUUUUUGAAGCCCCUUCCCCCCACCCUCCCUGCAAGGCGCCGGUCUCGGGUGGGGCCCCACCGGGUGCCGUUUUAAGGCUCUUAAAACGGGCAAGCUUUUUUUUUUUUUUUUUAAACGACGGCGCCGGCCCUUUGAAGCUGCUGCCGCUGUGUUGCCCUUUUAAGGUGUCCCGUGUGUGACCCCCACCACGCCCCUUUAGGGAGGGUGUGGCUCCUUUAAGGAGGGAGGGGAGGACCCCCCCUUUACCCCGUGGUGUAGCCCAUUUAAGGCGCUGGCGUCGUGGCCUCACCUGGGCGUGGCCCUUUAAAAGCCCCGCCCCCCUCAUGGCCUCCCAGGGCCCGCCCCUUUCUGGCUCUCCUCCAAUCCGUGAGCUCCUGGGGGGCUGGACCCCCUUCCCGAGCCGCGAAGCCCCGCCCUCUUCGCUGUCACUCAAGCCUCGCCCCGCCCACCACUAACCCCGCCCUCUUUUAGAGGCCCCGCCCAUCCACUCCACUUAAAGGGGCCGCUCCCCUUUUCCCCUCCUCCCACCCACCCAUUUUGUACUAGACCCUCACGCGGGAAAUAAACAGUUUGUUAACGACGGAGCGCCGUGUAAAUUAAACCCAAAAAAAAACCACCCAAAACAAAAAACAGGGGAGAAACGAGUUAGGGUGAGCCCUACCAAAACAUCAGCGUGUCAUCGACACUCAUUUCCCCGCGUGGAACCCGAAACCCGACCCACGUGGAACCCGAAAUCCGACGCUGCACCAGCUGCUGAGAGGAAACGAGCUCCGUCCCUGCCUGAAACGGGACAAUUCCCACCCCUCAUUCCACGACAGCUCCCCCCAAACCCCGUCCCCUGCCCUGUCGGUUUAUCUGGAUGGAUUUACACACGGA